AUGGAGUAAUAAGAGUAGACAAUAAAUGGGUUAAUAGGCCACAAUGAUACCAAGAAAUGCCAGCCAAAUAGUAUUGCCAACAUUUUUAUCAGAAUUGAAAAAUUGGGUAUAAAAUGUGAAGCAUUUAGCUGAAUGUGACACAGUUGACAAGCGAACGCAAAAAAAUCAACUCGAAAUUCUUCAGUGGAGUUUUGAAGUAUUACACGAAAAAAGUUCAAUUUUGUUUAAUAUUAAAGGAAGUACUUUUAAAAAUGAAAGCAAUUUACCUGAUUUUCCUGCUUGUCGCCGGCACCUUCGUUUGCGCCAGUGCAAUUGAGCAAGUUAUUGGUACAAUUGCAUCAACUGCUACGAUUUUGGGCAUGACUACAGUACAACGACGCUUUCGUUUGGGCCAAGUGGUGACGGCUACUUAUACUUUUACCGGUGCUACUACUACCGCUCUUGUCACGGGCAUCAGGAUAAGAGACAACAAGCGUGCGGGGAAGAGUCCGGCUGUCGCAAUUACAAGCGGUGCACUAAACUCAAACACCGUCACGCUGACGUUCACAUCACAACGCGGCUUUGGAAUUAAUAGUCAAGUUACUGUCUAUGGCACGACAUAGAAAAUUCACAUUCACCAAACUUUUCUUUUUUCAAAUUAACACUUGACACUAGUUUUUAAGAUGAAUUAUAAAUAAAGCCUUUAUUCAUUUUUUU